ACACCGCAGUGCUUAGGCUCGUGUGCGCGCAUUCACGUCUUCUCAGACGAGAUGCUGCAGCAGAGCCCCACUCUCUUGACCUCGCCGUUCGAAGCUCUACACACACCCCGCCUUUUCGACAGCGCCGUCGAGGCCAUCUGUGGGCUACUGCAAAUGACCUACUACAAGAUCAACCGCUACCCAAACACAAUCAACGCUAUGAUUCAGCAAGUCAUGGCACUGGGCCCUGUGUACUCGCAGGCACUGGGUGGGGGUGAGGAGACAGCGGAGAAGGCGUUUGGCCUAGCCCGGGUGUUCUGUACGCUCAGUGAGUGCUACAUAGACCUGAUCCUGGAGAGUGUCGAGGGCGCCAGUGUGGUGCAGAUGAUGGUGUUGGUGGCGUCGAAUGCCGAGUCGCGCACGUGUGAGAUGACGUUCAACUUCUGGCACGAUCUGCUUGACCGCCUGCUGCGGGAUAGGGAUCAGGGCGCUAGAAGGAGUUCUGGCCCAGAAAUAGAUGAGCAGUACACAGGGCCGUUGCGGGAGCACUUCCAACAACUCAUACAGCACCUGACACAGCACAUCACCUACACGGAUGAUAGCGAACCCUUUGACCUCUUAGACGACGAAAAUGACCACACGCACUUCAGGAAAUCCGCCGCCUACCUUAUAAAGCGCGUGUCGGUGCUUCUGGGGCCGAUGGCUGUGAUGUUCCAGAUAGUGGACUUAUAUCAAGAGGUCCUCACGCAUGCGUUGGAAGCGUGUGGAGCUGCGAGUAACGGGAGCGCGGCCUGGCGCCAACUGGAGGCAGUGCUGUAUGUCAGUGCAAACGUGCUGCAAAAGGUUAAUUCUCGAGAGGAGCUUGUGAUUCCUGAUUUAUUGUCCGUAGUGCGCAGCCUGCUAGACACGUCGCAGGUGAAUGGUGACGGAAUAAGCGUUAUUCCGUCGCCUAUCCGCAGCAGCAGCUUGCUGGUGCUGGCCAAUGUAGCCCAUUGGCUGCGCACACACAGUCAGUACACAUCCACAGUCAUAAGCAUGGCGUGUGCACACAUGCAGAUCAUGCCCAGUGUAUGUACCGCAGCAGUGGGGGCCUUUGUGCGCGUAAGUCGGCCGUGUUCCCGAGAAGUCCUCCCGUCAUUAGACCAGAUUAUCGGCUCCACCAUGCAGCACUUCGAUACGUUUGCAGUCACCAAGACGCUCUCACGCGAUGAUGUAAACGAUCUGUAUGGGGCGUUGGGGUAUCUGCUGGCGGAUGUGAAGCCUGCCAACCACGUGACCCAGAGAGUGGCGCUGAUAAUACAACCGGUUCUGGUAGCUAUAGACCAGUCACUGCCAACUGGGGCUCAGGCUAAUAAUGCCUCGUCCACGUCACCCAAUGUCGGCUUUCUACUGGACCGGAUUACGUUUGUGUUCAAAGAGCUGAAGAAUCUGCGGUGGCAGGAGCCGAGUGACACGGUCGGGGCUGGUACCGGUUUAAUAGCGGGACAGCAGCGGGCCCCGGCGAACAUGCAUCCGUGCAAGCAGAUAGUGCAGCAGAUGUGGCCUAAUCUCGAGCGUAUCUAUACCGUAUAUCAGGCCCACGAACCCACCAUUGAGAAGUGGACACGAUGCCUCAAGGCCGUAAUACUGUGCCUGGGCGCAGAAAGUAGUGUGGAGUUGGUGCAGCCGCUGGUCACCUGUUUAGUCGCCGGCUACACGCGCUAUAUGCAUUCUCCCUUGGCUUACUUGGCUGUGCAGGUGGUGCGGUUAUACAGCCCCAUGCCCGAGUGUUAUGAGGGUUUGUCACAGAUCCUGUUCGCAUACGUCACACCCACACUUGCACUCCUGCAACCCGCAGACACUUCCACAAAUGCCCCAGGCCACCCGGAAGACCCUUUGAACACAACAAAAGACCCCUUCAACACACACCCGGAUGUGGUAGAGGAUUUCUUCCGACUGAUGAUGGAGUAUCUCACCACCAUGCCGGUGUUCUUUCUCACGUCGCAGGUCGCGUCGCCAGUGUUUCUCUGCGCGAUCAACGCGCUCCACGGUUACCAUGACGACGGGCUAUCCACCACCAGCUACUUCUUGCGUGAUCUGCUGUCGAAGUGCACCUCUGGAAAACGCCUCGAGGAACGCGCCGCUAUAUUGGGCCCCAUUCACGCACUCGUGCAACAACACGGGCAAGUUUUGUGUAACACCGUCAUCAAUGCUAUCGGGGGGAGUGUGCCUCUGAGACAUCUGGAUAAGGUGGCCUUUGUGCUGUACGAUCUGCGGUGUGUGUGUAGUAGUGGUCAGUCGCCAGGCCCGGGUUCUACGGGUGAGCUGGUAACCAAGGAACACCUCAGUGCAUGGCUGGAAAAUAGCCUGAACGCUAUCCCAGCACACUUGGUGAGCGAGACGUAUAAACGAGAGUUUAUGCUGCGCGUAUUCUCGAGUCCGGACGAACGGGCACUGGACGAGGCGGCGUACCGGUUUGCGCAGCAGUUUGAGGGAGAGAAUAAACUCAUUGCAUAAUUGAUGAGGUGAUGCUACCUCUGGGAGACAAUGCGAUUGGCCGAAUUGUAGAAAUGCAACGAUAAAC